GGCGAGGAGAGCGGCCCCGCGCCCGCGGCUCUGGCCGCGCUCCCCCUGCCCAGCCCCGGCCAUGAAUAUGUAACUCCCCUCUAUUUCCCGAGCUCCAUUGCGGAGCUGCCGCUCGCCAUAUUGUGCUGCCGGCGCUGCGGCUUCUCUGCCGGUGGGAGCAAACGGCGGCAGCGCCAUGUCUCAAGCUGUGCAGACCAAUGGGACGCAGCCUUUAAGCAAGACCUGGGAACUCAGCUUGUACGAGUUGCAAAGAACACCUCAGGAAGCGAUCACCGAUGGCUUGGAAAUCGUUGUGUCACCCAGGAGCCUGCAUAGCGAACUCAUGUGUCCCAUUUGUUUGGAUAUGUUAAAAAAUACCAUGACGACAAAAGAGUGUUUGCAUCGUUUCUGUGCUGACUGCAUCAUUACAGCCCUCAGGAGCGGCAACAAAGAAUGUCCCACAUGUCGUAAAAAGCUGGUGUCAAAAAGAUCGCUGCGACCUGAUCCCAAUUUUGAUGCUCUCAUCAGUAAAAUUUAUCCAAGCCGUGAUGAAUAUGAAGCGCAUCAGGAGAGAGUGCUAGCAAGAAUCAGUAAACACAAUAACCAGCAAGCUUUAAGUCACAGCAUUGAAGAGGGACUAAAGAUUCAGGCUAUGAACAGGUUACAGAGGGGCAAGAAACAGCAAAUUGAAAAUGGCAGUGGAGCAGAAGAUAAUGGUGACAGUUCACACUGUAGCAAUGCCUCAACACACAGCAAUCAAGAAGCAGGGCCUAGCAACAAGAGGACCAAAACAUCAGAUGAUUCUGGGCUAGAACUGGACACUAACAACACAGCUGUGGCCAUAGACCCUGUGCUGGAUGGUGCCAGUGAAAUAGAAUUAGUCUUCAGGCCUCAUCCUACCCUCAUGGAGAAUGACGACAGUGCACAGACAAGAUACAUCAAGACCUCAGGCAAUGCCACUGUUGAUCACUUGUCCAAGUACCUGGCUGUGAGACUGGCUCUGGAAGAGCUUCGGAGCAAAGGAGAAUCAAACCAGAUGAAUCUUGACACAGCCAGUGAGAAGCAGUAUACUAUUUACAUAGCUACUGCCAAUGGGCAGUUCACUGUAUUAAAUGGGUCGUUCUCCUUGGAGCUGGUCAGUGAGAAGUACUGGAAAGUGAACAAACCCAUGGAACUGUACUAUGCACCAACGAAGGAACAUAAAUAAGCUGUACUGGAAAACUGAGAUGGGACUAACUCUCUUUUUAUAGCUAUGACUUCUUUAAUAUUAAAAGAAAGCACCGUCAUUAUCUUUAUGGACAAUACAUUUGUGAUGCCUUCAGGCUCUCUCAGUGUACUUAUUAAUAUGAUUAGACAGUAUUCUUGAUUGUAUUUAAUUUAGACUUUUUUUGGUUGUUUUUCUCUAGUGCUUGACAUGCUUUUGUUCCCAGUGUGUGAUAACUGAACGAGUGUUCCAGUUUGGAAUGUCUUAAUUUUAUCCAGGUAAAUCUGGAUUUCUAAUACAUUUGACACAGUUAUAGUAGCCUCUGUGAAGUACUGAGCAUUGGAUGGCUAAGUCAGUCUAUUCAAUAGUAAUGUAUGCCAAGGAAUGUGUUAAAUGUUGUAAUUUGCUAAUGGUUAUCCAUAUAAAAGAUGGUAGAAAAUUGAUUUCUGAUAGUCUUGCAACUAAAGGAGAUCUCAUUCCCUAGGAAAGAUAAAUUAUUCAGUUGCUUUUUUUUUUUUUUUAACAAAUACAGCUAUAGUGAGAAAAAGGACACUUUAAAAACCUUGCUACUUACUGAGCGUCGGUGCAAGGUGAUUCCUGAGGUUGGUUUGCUUUUUAACAAAACAAAACCAAACAAACCCAAACCCCUUUCCUGUGUAGAAAUUCCAAGCUUGUUUCACACUGCAGUUUCCCAUUUGACUCCUGUUGCAGUGGUAAUCCUGUCUUCACAAACUUAGUCAAAAUCUUAUGGAAGUUUUACAGCCCUACUCUGUUCAGUAUAAUAACAGGUUUUCAUUGAGAAUGCAUCAGAACUUGCUGUAAAGAAUCUUCUUAAAUGUCUUUUGAAAGCAAAUCCCUUCAAUUCCAGCACACUGACAUAAUGCAAAGUGAAAUAUUUUGCUUUACAGAAUUCUUGCCACCCAGCUGUGAGCUUAUCUCAGCUUCAGUUUGAGUAGGGAGAACUUCAACCAUGAGCUGCUCUAAGAUUACUAUUUUUUUUUUUGGCAUAGCUUUAACAAAUGUGGCAUAGCACUUUGGAAGAAAAUUUUAGUACUUGACAAAGUUUACCAUUUAGUGUCUUAAAUUUAGGUUCAAGUUUUAAAACUUGGCAGUAGGUUGUUGUGUGAAGGCCAGUAGCUGCUGUUCAUGUGCAUGUUAAACUUCUCUUUACUGGCACUGGACAUUGUGGUCAUGUCAGUGAGGGUUGCUUUGCCUUUAGCAUUCUGUCUGACUGGAAAUGUGUUAUGGGAGAUUGACUGUACUGUAGGACUUCCUGAGGAAGCCUCCACACAUUUGCACCCGAAGCUUGAAGCAAAAAAGUUGAUCUAAUACAUGAGAACCAACAUCCUCAACCAUGUCUGGCAUGGUUGCUGUGCUCUUGGCUGCAGUCAGAAUGAAGAUGUGGAGGGUGGUACCUUAGCAUUCAGCUGCUUGGGGACUCUCCUGGGAAGGAAGGCCCCUUUUAUUGCUUCAGUCUUUCAAGACUCACACUUGAAAAUAUGUGUCUGUUCUGACUGCUGCUUCAGAUCAGCUUUAUCCCUACGUGGAAACUACAAAAGUCUUCUCAGAGUAAUUACUGCCUCUUGUAAGGGCAUGUUUCUUCAUGACUGUAGAAUGGAAGUAUUCGGGCCCCAGAAGGCUGGGGGAUAAACUUAAUUAAGUAACUAAAUCAUUACCUUCUGUUGAAGUGUUGGAUCAUACAGAGAAUUAGUGCAUGUCUGCUAAAUAGAAACCAGAGGGGAUGGGUGUGUUGUCAUUCAAACUGCUUUCAAAUUUUCAGAGAAAGUUCUAGAUCAGUUGCAGCACACCUUCCCAGGGCGACAGCAAAGGCAACAUCCAGUCCCUUGAGCAGGAGAGCUGUCAGUGAAGCUCAGCAGCCUGUUUAGGAACAAUCUGUUGCUUUUGCCCAGUUCUUUAGAUUGUGUGGGAGAACGUGAAGCUUUUAUUUUCCUGUUCAUGUUGUAGUGACUGUACGGAGUAUUUAUGUUGUCUAAAUAUUCUGUAUGAUGUCGUUGUUUGAUUAAACCGUUGAUUGCACUGUGACUCACUAGUGGUACCAACUAUUUUAUUUUCAAAAUGACUUUGCAGCUCUGCCUUG